AUGCAGAUAAAGUUGAUUCGGCGGGAAGAUGGCAUCGCGGAAUGGGCAAUGAUUGAAUUACAGGGUACCUUAGAGUCAGCUGGUAUACUUGCAGGACAACGAAUUGGUAGCUUAAAAUGGGAAAACAAAAAAGCUUUACUUCAUAUUGGUCAUCACAUUAUUGAAGGGAAAGAAGUGAAACUUCAAAAUCCGCUGCUUGUACUUGCACGAGAUGCUGAAAACCAAGGAAUUGCACAAAUUACUGCUGUGAUUCGUAAAAAAGUUCAGUUCCGUGCCCGACCAAUGCCUGUGUGA